AUGAAGUUCUUUGCCGCGGCAUAUCUCCUUGCCAUCUUUCUCAUCGCUCUUCCUGCCAUGAGCGCUCCUGUACCCGAAGUUGCGGACUCAAGCGCCGUAUUACUUAAGAGGGGGGGUCAUCAUGGCCACCACCGCAAGCAUCGUCACGCAGCUCCAGCAGAACCAGCCCCUGCAGAAAAGCGAUCCAUUGUCGAAGGCUCAAGCUCUGAGUUGGUGAAGAGGGGAGGUCACCAUGGCCACCACCGCAAGCAUCGUCACGCAGCUCCAGCAGAACCAGCCCCUGCAGAAAAGCGAUCCAUUGUCGAAGGCUCAAGCUCCGAGUUGGUGAAGAGAGGAGGUCAUCAUGGCCACCACCGCAAGCAUCGUCAGGCAGCUACAGCGGAUCACGCCGCUGGAGCAAAGCGAUCUAUUCUCUUCUCUCGAGAGGAGCAUGUCAUGCUCAACCGACGCAACUUUUUUCGCAGACUAUGGAAGGGAAUAAAGGGUCUGUGUUCAACUAUCAGAAUCAUUAUCGCCACCACGAAAUCAUUCGCAGCUGCAUAUAUCUUUGCCAUUCUUCUCGUCGCUUUGCCCGUCCUGAGUGCCCCGGUUCCUAUCGAUUUGGAGGGUGCGCUAUUCGUAAAAAGGUCUCUGAUACCUGAACAAUGGGAUGGUCUACGACACACCUUCAACGUUGGCGUUCAAUUGCCCACGGGAAAUCAAGAAGAGCAGCAUCAUACGAGGCGCUCCUUAUCCGAGAAUGGAUACCUACUUGAGAAGAGGGGCAAGAGCAAGAACGGAAAUUCCAAGCCGAAGCAGGGAGGAGGAGGAUAUACCUUCAACAUUGGAGUCCAAUUACCCACGGGACAACAAGAAGAGCAACAUCACUCGAAAUGCUCGUUCUCCAACGAAGACGUAUAUCGGCUUGAAAAGAGGGGUAAUAAGAAGGGCGGAAAGUCCAAGCAACGUAGCGGUGGAGGAGGACAUACCCUCAACCUCGGAGUCCAUGCUCCAGGACAAGAGGAACAACACACUUGUAGUACGUAUCUUUGCGGCGAACGUCCAGCCUUGAUCAUUGACGGCGGUUUGCACUAUAGAACGUUCUCUCGCGGGUUUUGA